AUGGCAGACAAUGAAAAUAAUGAUGAUUAAGUGAAUUUGGAGGAAGAUCCAAUGGCAUUCUUACCAGCAGACCAUCAUUUGCUGGCCCGUUUGCAAAUUGCAUUACAAAAAUAAUUGGAUGAUGAGCAUUCAAGAGUAGAAUUAGAACUUGUGGAAGUGGAAGAUUAACUAAAAAAGCUUGAUAGAGAAAAGGAAGAUAUUGGUGUUAGAUUAUAUGGUGUAUAAUAAUAGUUAGCAGAGAAUUAAUAAAAUUUCGAAAAAGCACAUGAAAACUUUAAUUUUGUAUAAAAAUUGAGAAUUGAGAGCGAGCAGAAACUGAAAACCAUUAAUGACCUCCACUUGUAAAAGAAGAAAGAAGUAGACGAGCUUAGAAAAAAAUAUCUAAAAGCUCAAGAUGAAUUAUCGAAACUUACAAAAACUUUGCACACCAUAGAGAACUAUAAUAAUUAGAUGCAAGCAGAAAUCUAAUAGACUAGACGAAUUGUUUAUAGAGGAGAAGAAAAUGUGUAAGGAUUGGAGAAGGAUAAGAAAAAAUAAGAUUACUUGAUUGAUUAAAUGAAUGAAGAAAUUAAGAGAUUGACAGAACAAAAGACAAUAUUGAUGGAUCAAUUAAUAUCUCAAAGCAAGGAAACUGAAAAUGCUAGGUAAACAAUGAAGGAUGCUCAAGCUGAGAUGGAAAAGAUUAUUGCAUCUAAAAAGAACCUUAUGGAAAGAUGGUAGAAGAGUUUAGUCAGGAUGUAGAGAAUGGACAACGCUUUAUAAGAAAUCAGAGAAGCCUAUAAAAAAGAAUCAGAAGUCAAUAUCUAAUUAGGAACUGAACUCUAAGGAAUUAAUAAUGAAAUUAGAAAGGAAAAUACGAGAUCAGAAGAUUUGAUAGCUAUGAAAAGAAAAUUGGAAAAUCAAAAAUCCAAUUUAGAAAAUAGGAGACAAGAAUUGCUUGAAGAGUAGGCUAAACUCAAUGCCCAAAAAAAUGAAACCAAAAAGACUGACAAUGAAUAAAGAAAUGUGGAUGAAUAGAUGAAAUUGAUUGAAACUAAUAUUAUGAAAUUACAUACUGAAACUAAAAGCUUAUUGGAAGACUUAUUAGAUUCAAAGAGCGAAAAUACUACCAUCGAAAAAACUGCCUUGAAUUUAUUGAAGCAGGCCCAAAUAAUCUAAGCUGAAAUUGAGGAGAAGGACAAUUUGAAUUAGAAAAUCUUAAUAAUGAAAUUGCUAGAGUUAAAAUUGAUCAAUUAAAUACAGAAUAAUAGAUUGAAUAAUUAAAAUUAAAAAAGGCUGCAAGAUGAUAAGAAAAUUACUGUUGCAACUUAUGAAGUCUAAAUCAAAUAGGGUCAUGAAUUGAAUGAAAAAAAAUAACAUGAAGUUGGUAGAUUAAACAAGGUUCAUGAUGAAUUGACAAACAACUCUUCAGAAGUCAGCAGAGGACCUUUAGAAGCAACAAAGUCUAAUCUAAAAAGACAAUUCGAUGAAAUGAUUCAGUAAUGUGAAGCCAUGCACAGAGAUUGGAUCAAGAAGCAAACUUAGUUGGUUGAAAAAACUAAAGAGUAUGAAACAUGUUCCACAGAGGUUGAUGAAUUAUCAAAUAAACAAGUUAUUUUGGAAAAUAAAAAAAUGAGAUUAAAUUCUUAAUACAGAUCUCAUGAAAGAGAAAUAAGAGAAAUCAAAAAUAGUCUUAAAAAUCUGUAAAAUGAUAUGAAUAAAUUAAAUGAUGAUUUAGCAAGAUACUAAUUUAAAUAAGAAAAAUUAACAAAUGAAAAUAAUCAUAUUUAGAGUGAAUUUCUUGAGAAGUUGAAAGAAUUGGAGAAGGAAGCUGUUAGAUAUGAAGUCUAAAUUGAUAAAUUAAAGGAUAGCAAAGCAGAUUUAUUAAAUGACAUUAUGGAGGCAGAAAAGUAAAUCUUAUUAUGGGAAAGAAAGAUUUAAUUGGAAAAAGAAAUGCAAGAAGCUUUGGAUCCAAAUGUUGGUCAAAGUGAAUUAAAGCUAUUACAAAAAGAAAUACAUAAAAUGGAACUUAGAUAAAAGGAACAAAAGAAGAGUUAAGAGUAAAUCAUAAAAGAGAUGGAGAGAACUGUUUUUAAGAGAGAGACUAUCCAAUUGAAGUAUCUCAACAAAGAUAAAUCCUCCUCAGGAACAAAAGAUCUCAAACUACCUCCUGUUUAAGCAAGCAAUAACACAUCAUAAGUUAACAAAUAAAUACAAACACUAAAGAACACAUUAAAUUAAACCUCUAAUGAAUGGAUAAAAGAUUGA